AUGACUAUUCCUUCUUCUUCUUCUUUUCAACAUAAACUAAGUCUUCCUCAUACUCCUCCAAACUCAAGUCCUCCACAAUCAACUUUGUUAUUAUCUUCUUCAACAAAUAAUGUAUUAGAACCUGGUUUACGGAUAGAUCAACUCAAACAUUCUUUUCAAAGUUUAUCUUCUCAACAACAAGAAUGGCUUCUUUCUGAAAUUGUCAAUCAAUGCGACCAUACUCAUUUAUCUUUUCUUCAUGAUAUGAUUACUCCUCGUCUCAAAGUUGACUUUUUGAAACGUUUGCCUUUGGAAAUAUCACUUUAUAUCCUAUCUUUUAUCAAUCACCCUCAAAGUCUAGGUCAGAUAGCUUGUGUCUCAAAACAUUGGAACCAAUUACUUAAAGACGAAACGAUAUGGAAAACUGUUUAUGAACAACAUUACAAUCAUUUCAACAACUCUUCUUCCUUGAUACCACAACAGAAUAUAUCUGAUUUUUCUUAUAGAGACCAAUUUAUUCGAAGGUAUCGCAUUUCUACAGCUUGGAAACAUGGUGGACAUGUCAAAGUGGUGGAUGAAGGUUUAGAAGGUUUGGUGACCUCUUUACAAUGUGAUGAUAAGUAUAUCGUAGUUGGUUGUGAUAAUCAUCGUAUUGAAGUAUUUGAUACCUCUACUGGAAACAAAAUUCGUACUUUAUUGGGUCAUGAAGGUGGCGUUUGGGCAUUACAAUUCAAGGGGGAUGAUCUACCUGACCAUCAUCAACUUCAACAACGUAUUUUGGUAUCUGCUGGUUGUGAUAGAGAUGUUCGUGUUUGGAAUCUUGAAACAGGUGAAUUGUUACAUACUCUUCAUGGUCAUAUAUCAACAGUGCGAUGCUUAAAAAUGAAAAACAAACAAUUAGCAGUGACUGGUUCAAGAGAUUGUACAUUACGGAUUUGGGAUAUUGAAAAUGGUCGUGCGAAACAUGUACUCUAUGGUCAUCAAGGAAGUGUACGAUGUUUGGAUAUCUCUGGAAAUGUACUUGUAUCUGGAUCCUAUGAUCAUACUGCUCGCGUUUGGGAUCUUACUACUGGUGAAUGUAUACAUGUAUUGGAAGGACAUCAAUCAUUUAUUUAUUCUAUUGUAACUGAUGGUAUCAAGGUAGCAGCUGGCUCUCUUGCAACUCAUAUUCGAGUAUGGUCUGUAGAAACAGGUGAAUGCCUAGCAACAUUACAUGGACAUACUUCUCUGGUAGGACAAUUGGAAUUAGUACCUGGAUAUGAUAGUAUGGGACCAACACUUGUCAGUGGUGGAACAGAUGGAUGUCUUCGUGUCUGGGAUUGGAAUGAACCUUUUGAAUGUUUACAACGCAUAUCAGCACAUGAUAGUUCUAUCACUUGUUUACAAUGCGAUGAUCAAUGGAUCGUCAGUGCGGGAAGUGAUGGGCGUGUCAAAUUAUGGGAUCGGAAAGAAGGUCGUUUAAUUCGUACUUUGGCAAAUCCAGCUAAAACUGUAUGGAAAACUCAAUUCAAUCAAUCCAAAGCUAUUCUACUCAUGUAUCGUGCUCUAAACUCAAAUACUGAUCUUGGUACAACUGUUUUGGAAAUUCAUGAUUUUGAUAUUUGA